ACAGAAAAACCCACGCAGCCGCCUUCCCCUCUGCUUUGGGUCGAUUAGUAACGAUGACUGUAAAUAAACGAGAGAGUUAAACAGAGAAUAAUCGUCGGCUAAGUCAACAGUCAACAAAACCAAAGAUGGCCAUUUACCUUCUCUAAACUGACGGGCUUCCUUAACACCACUCGUUCAACGAGGGGUUACUUCUCUCUCCAUUCUCUACCAUUCCGCGCCCGUUAACGUUCUUUGUUCGAGCUUUCUGGAUCCCCAUUAACGGGUUACUUGUUCAAGCUUUCUAACUAUUUAUUUGAUUUAUAUUAGUAUCAGAGAUGUUGGUUUCUAGGUUCAUCUCUCGGUUGUCGAGGAACAGUUUGAAAAACUGCCGAGGUCUUAUCUGUUGUCAACAAGUGCAGCUACCGUUUCCUUCCGAUUGUUGUAAUUCUAUUCCUUCUACUGAUAGGGUUUGGGGUUACCGAGAAACUGUUUGUUCGGGUUUGCGUGCGAUCCAUGGAAUCAGGUAUCAAGUCCAUCAUGAGAGGAACUCCAUUAUUGAGGAACAGAUGGAUCCAUUUUCCCUUGUUGCAGAUGAACUGUCGAUUCUUGCUAAUGGGUUGCGGGAAAUGGUGGUCGCAGAGGUCCCUAGGCUUGCGUCGGCUGCUGAGUACUUCUUUAAAAUGGGGGUGGAAGGAAAGAGAUUCCGACCCACGGUUCUAUUAUUGAUGGCAACGGCAUUGAAUAUGGAAAUUCCAAAAUCAGCUUCAGAUGGUGUUAUUGAUACCUUAUCAGGUGGGCUUCGUAAAAGGCAGCAGUGUAUUGCUGAGAUCACUGAGAUGAUACAUGUGGCAAGCCUUCUCCAUGAUGAUGUCUUGGAUGACGCAGAAACAAGGCGUGGUAUUGGUUCAUUAAAUGUUGUGAUGGGAAAUAAGUUAUCGGUAUUAGCUGGUGAUUUCCUGCUUUCUAGAGCUUGUGUUGCACUUGCUUCUCUGAAAAACACAGAGGUUGUAACAUUACUGGCAACAGUUGUGGAACAUCUUGUUACGGGGGAAACCAUGCAAAUGACUACUACCUCCGAGCAACGUUGCAGCAUGGAAUAUUAUUUGCAAAAGACAUACUACAAGACAGCAUCAUUAAUUUCGAAUAGCUGCAAAGCGAUUGCUCUUCUUGCUGGCCAAACAGCAGAAGUCUCAAUGUUGGCUUUUGACUAUGGCCGAAAUCUGGGAUUGGCAUAUCAGUUGGUGGAUGAUGUUCUUGAUUUCACGGGCACAUCUGCUUCGCUUGGAAAGGGUUCUUUAUCUGAUAUUCGCCAUGGAAUUGUAACUGCUCCAAUAUUGUUUGCAAUCGAAGAGUUCCCUCAAAUGCGGGCGGUUGUUGAUCGGGGUUUUGAAAACCCUGCAGAUGUUGACCUUGCACUUGAAUAUCUUGGGAAGAGUCGUGGAAUACAGAGAACGAGAGAAUUAGCUACUGAGCAUGCUAACCGUGCUGCGGCUGCAAUUGAUUCUCUUCCUGAGAGCGAUGAUGAGGAUGUAAAAAGAUCCAGGCGGGCACUUGUGGAUCUGACACAAAUAGUCCUAACUAGAGCAAAGUGAAGACAACAUUCUUCCUUGGUAGAUUUAAGUAUUAUAUGAUUCUCAAACCAUUUUUUCCCCAUCAAUGUCCAAAGGGCCAUCGGAGUUAUCUCAAUGUCUUCAGCCAUCUAUUAUUAUUAAUAAUUUUUUUUUUCCUAUUUGUAUUUUUCAUAAGGUAAAUUCUUGUGGUCAGUCCACCCCUUACAUUGACCAUCUAAUCUGCCACAUGGAAGGACGAUUUUGCAAAUCCAACCAUUACAUAGGAAGAGCAUGGUCUAGAUUGGCCACAUGGCAAUUUUCACGGAGAAACUCAAAUCAUUUGUACUCAUGUAUUGGCAUCUUUCCCUUGUAUCUUUAAACAUCCAUUUAUUUUUAAAUGUAAUGAAUUUUCAAAGCUGUA